AUGAACCAGAAGGUGGUACUCAUCACGGGCUGCUCCUCUGGGAUUGGCCUCGCAUUGGCUGCCCGCCUAGCGAAGGAUGAGAAGAAAAGGUUCAUGGUUUAUGCCACCAUGAGGAACCUCACUAAGGCUGAGGCGUUGGUGGAGGAAGCAGGUCGGACUCUGGGAAAGACUUUGGAGAUCAAGCAGCUUGAUGUCUGUGACGAGGACUCUAUAAAAACCUGUGUGGACAGUCUGCCAGAGCGCAGGGUGGACAUUCUCAUAAGUAACGCUGGGAUGGGUCUGAUUGGCCCUAUCGAGUGUCAGUCUAUUGAAGAGAUGAAGACAGUCAUGGACACCAACUUCUUUGGGUUUGUGCGACUGCUGAAGGAAAUCCUACCUGACAUGAAGAAAAGGAAAAAAGGUCAUAUUGUGGUGAUGAGCAGCGUUCUGGGAAUCCAAGGUAUUUUAUUCAACGACGUAUAUGCAGCAUCCAAGUUUGCAGUGGAGGGAUUCUGUGAAAGCUUAGCAGUGCAAGCCUUGAGGUUUAAUGUCAAUAUCAGCCUGAUCGAGCCAGGUCCAGUGAUAACAGACUUUGAGCGUAAAGUCUACGAAAAGGGCCUGAAGACUGAUCUCAGCAGAGCUGACAAAGUGACUGCUGAUAUGUUCACAAACAUCUACCUGAAGAACUACAAACAAAUCUUUGAAUUUUUUUCCUCUGAAUUUUGCAGUCUGGCGCAGACUGCAGAGGUCAUAGCAGAGCACACUCACAAGAUCAUCACCAUGGAGAAUCCCCCUUUCCGCCAUCAGACCAACACGCUCUACACCCCUAUGACCACGCUCAAAUACACUGAUUCUAAUGGUGACCUCCCAAUUGACACGUUUUACAAAGUGGUGUUUGAGCACGACAGGGUCUUCAGCGCCAGCCUGAACUUCAUUAAACUUUUGCGCUGGAGAAGUCGGAAGAGCUUCUCUUUGGACAAGGACAAGAACAACUGA